ACGGACCAGUGGAUCUUGCAGCUAGCUUGCAUGCAAAUAAAACUCAUGCUGUUUCAGCCUUUUAUUACCUGAAUUGAAGAAGGUCCUACAUAAUACACAGAAUAUAUUCAUAACAAAUGUCCGCAUGUAGUCUUUGCAAACCAUGCCCGAUUUAAAGAGACAAUGUUUGACCACUUAAACAGGCGACUGUCUUCUGUAACGUUAGUACAUGUAGCUCUCUUGCUAACCUAGGCUAGAUACGUUAAAGCAACCAGCUAAGAAGAAACAUACAAAAUGCCAAACGCAACGACGCGUCCCAAGCGGUCAAGACGCAGUCGGCGGGCCCCAAGAGAAGAUUCCGCAAGGAAUGAAUUGGUGUCGCGAUCCUUGGAGAGUGCUCAGCAGUGCCUUUAUAAUCAAGACUAUGGCACGGCGUAUGUCCACUACCUCUUGGUCCUUAAUCUGGAGCCUCUGCUGAAAGAUUUUACAAAGGAAUCUUUUAGGUUUACUCUUUUCAAAUGGGCAGAGGAGCUGGACUCACUGGGGCGGAUUCAGGAUCUUUUUGACUGCUAUGAGCAAGCUUUAGAGUUGUUCCCUGUGGACGAGGUCAUCCUGAAUAGUAUGGGGGAGCACCUCUUCAGAAUGGGCUUUAGAGACGAGGCUGCCGGCCAUUUCCACAAAGCGCUGAAACUGAGACCGGACUUCCCUGAGGCCAAAGAGAACUUCUACCGUGUGGCCAACUGGCUUGUGGAGCGGUGGCACUUCCUGAUGCUCAAUGACCGUGGGCGAAAUUACAAGUACCAGCUGGCCAUCCAGAAGGCAGUGCGUGGGGGCUGUAGUACUGUGCUUGACAUUGGUGCUGGCACGGGCAUACUAGGGAUGUGUGCUAAGAAGGCUGGAGCAGCUGAGGUGUACGCAUGUGAGCUGUCCAAGACCAUGUAUGAGCUGGCUUGUGAGGUGGUGGCUGCCAAUGACAUGGAAGGCAGCAUAAAAAUCCUCCACAUGAAGUCUCUGGAAAUGGAGAUUCCCAAAGACAUUCCCAAAAGGGUGUCAUUAGUUGUCACUGAGACUGUAGAUGCAGGGCUGUUCGGCGAAGGCAUCAUUGAGACUUUAAUUCAUGCCUGGAACCACCUCCUUCUGCCUCCUCAGAAUUCCCAGGAUUCCCCGACGAGCCCCUCGGAGACAGGCCGUGUCAUUCCUGCAGGAGCAACCGUCUUUGGAAUGGCGGUGCAGUGCCAGGAAAUCCGGCGACACCACAGGCUUUGUGUGUCUGCGGUGGGUGGCCUUGCUCUAGAUGCAGUGGGGGAGAUCCACAGCCCUGUGAGCUGUUCGGCAGAUGCAGAUGACUCCACUGAGCCCUACACCACUGAGAGGCUGAGCCGGCUGCCUGGAGGAUACACACCCCUCACCAGCCCGUUCCGAGCACUGGACAUCGAUUUCAACGACCCUCAGGAGUUGGAGGGCCUGUGCUCCAGAGAGGUGAGCCGGCUGAGUCUGACCGUGACCCAGGAGGGCGUGCUGGACGCCCUGGCUGUUUGGUUCCAGCUGCAUCUGGAUGAGGAGAACAGCCUGUCCACUGCCCCUCAGGAGAAGACGUGCUGGGAGCAGGCCAUCUACCCCAUCCAGGGCCCACAGGACUGUGCAGUAAAGCCUGGCGACCGGCUGCUGGUGGAGGUGUCGUGUAAGGAUGCGUACCUGCGCCUGUGCUGCGUGGCUGUGGUCAGGGACGGCUGUGUGCUCCGACUGGACAGCUGGGAGGGAGGAGACGUCUGGGGCUCGGACUCGGCCUCCAACCCAGAGGUGGAGCUGUGCAGCGCUUUGGCCGGUCUGCAGACGGACCCCGAGGGGCCCCUGGAGGCCUUCAUGUUGGAGUGCUCAGAACUCGCUUUACUCAACAACACACAUUACCACCAGAACUUCCAGGCAGCUAUGAACAAACUACUGACUCGUCUCAAAGAGACCCGCAGCGGGUCACCGGUCACUGCCGAGGGCUCAGAACCACUGUACGUGCUGGACGUGAGUGAGGGCUUCUCCCUGAUCUCCCUCAUCGCCGCUCAGCUCGGUCUUCACCUAGCUGAUGGGUCUGAGUCAGGCUGCGGCCUGGUGCGGGCCUACAGCUCCGUGGAGAAGGAACAGCACCAGACCAUCCUGCGCCUGCUUGCGCAGGGCAACGGAGUGCCCGUGGGGGCACUGGAGUUCUGGCUCAAUCACGUGGAGGAUGAUUCAGCUGUUCUUCAGAGGCCUACCACCGAGAAACUGUGGAGUGCCAUCGUGCUGGAUUGUGUAGAGACCUGUGGGCUGCUUAGACAGAAGCUUAUGGAGAAAGCCACGUUGGCCAGGUGUCUGCUGGAGGACGGUGGCCGUAUAUUCCCCGAGCGCAUCGUGAUCUACGGGCUGCUGGUGGAGUCCGACAUGCUGCUCCAGGAGAGUGCAGUCCAGGGCAGAGAGCCAACACUGGGCUUCAACAUCGCCCCCUUCAUCAACCAGUUCACAGUGCCUAUCCAUGUCUUUCUGGAUCUUUCUACUCUGGAGUGCACAUACCUCAGUGAGCCUGCAGAGCUCUUCACUCUAGAUCUCAUGAACACACACAACAAUUAUCCAGCCAGAGAAAUAAUGGUGCGGGUCACUGCCUCGGGCAGAGUGACCGCCAUCCCCUUCUGGUAUCAGAUUCACCUGGAUGAAGAGUGGAGCGUCAGCACCUUCAGUCAGGAGUCUCACUGGAAGCAGGCAGCUGUGGUGUUGCAGGACCCUCUGUGUGUGACCGCGGGGGACACGGUCAGGCUCACUAUUCAACUGCACAAGAGCAGCCUGUCCAUCAACGCCACCAAGGAGGAGGACGGACCCGUGGCCAUGGAGGCCAGCAGGGCUGAGGACGUCGUUGCCAUGGACACAGCAAAACAGGAGGGGGCUGCCGUAGCUGCCGUUAAGGUGGAGAGCUCUACUCUCACAUACUCACCCACAACAGGGGGAGCUGCUGUCACAGAUUCCUGUCGGCUAGAAGGGUUUUUCAUGAACUCAAUGCCUCCAAACACUUAAUCCUAGUCUUGACCCUACAGAUGAAUCAGGUCCAGGAGAUUUUACUGGAUAGAUCAAAGGAGCUACGUAGGACUACUGUUUGAAUGUUGUUGGACUAUGUAACUGAGGCUUAGACAUUUUGUGCAAAACAAAAAAAAAAAAUAACAUUAGUGUCUUUUUUUGUAUUACUUCAUGAGCAGUUCAUUGACUUUCCCUGAGCAGUAGAACACCUUGAGAGCACUCGCCACAGUUUAGAAGGUGGCUCAUUCCAUGUCAAAUCUGACCAAAAUAGUUGCAGCACUGUCUCAGAUUGUUUUCAUGUUUUCUUUGCCCUUAGAUCUUGUAAGCCCUGUUUGAGCAUUAAUAUCUUAAAGUAUUAUUUCUAGCUUGCGCUAAACUUUGUAGGAUGGCAGGACCAUUAAAACUUUGUACUGCAUGCCUAUUGAUUUUAUAUAAGGCCCUAGAUUCUACAUUUGGAACAAAGUGCAAAAAAGAGUUAUAUUCAGGGUAUAACUUAUAAUAGAACAAUUGUGCCUGCUUGAUUAUCAAUCUGUAUUUUGUCUGCAAAUACAAUGUUUUAUUAAUGUUGUGCCAAUAUUUGAGGUACUCAUAACAUGGGUAUGGGGAAACUGUGAAUUAAAUUAGGUGGGGUUGCAUUUUUUGGUCAUUUUUUUACAGAACAAAAAUGUCAUGUGGGGUAGCUAGUAGGAACUUGAAAAUCUAUAUGGGGGUAGUUCAAUACUGAAUCCUUUAAUUGACGUUCUCAUUUAGUGGAAGUCGCAAUAUGUUUCCUUCAUAGAGAAACAGACUUAGUUCCAUUGCUAUGCCUCUGCUGCCUCAUUCUGUGGAACUCUUACUGUAUCUAUCUUGUUCCUGGGGAACGCUAUCUAAUUAUCAAUGGCACCAACAUUGAUACUAAAUGUGCAGGCAUUGAGCUACUUUUACAGAGAUUUUCAAGUUCCUAUUAACCACCCCACAAACCAUUUUAGACUUUUGAAAAUGACCAAAAUACACAACCUUCCCUUGUUUCAUCCUCGUGCCCAUUGUAUGUGGAAAACUCAGAUAUCUUUACAACAUAACAAUAAACUAUUGGGAUUUAAAGAAAACAUAGUGAUUAAUAUCAAAUACCCUUUAUAAUUCCUUUAAUAUAUUUUUUGCAUGCCGUACAAACUCUUAAUGGUUCAGUCAUACUAAGAUGAUGAAGAAAAAAAAAACUUUUACAAACCUUGGUUUUGGGACUGACAAGGUUGUAACAAAAUCUGAGAUGGUGCAGCGACAACCUUAUCUCAUUGACACGGAAUAGCUCAAGUGGCCUCAAGAUAUUUAGUCAUGUAGCAUUAUGCUUAAUCAAACCAGUGCUGCGAACCACCAGAUUGAGGAGGAAUGUUUCAAAAGGAGAAUAUUUUCUAAAAUAAAAUCAUGAACUAAUAUCCAUUAGGGCACUAGUAUUUAACGGUCACCUAUGUCAGUAAUGUUAAUUAAACCUAACCAAACAGUGAUGCUCAGUAACAAAACAGGUCGAUUACAAAUCCAUUUCCCUGUAAAAUUUAAUGUUUGACAAUUGUUAGAUAAGGCAAUGCAACAUAGCUGCACGUGAUUACAGUAAACACAUCACAUUUGAUAUGAUUAGUACUGCAAAUAUGAGCUACCAAACAAAAAGUGAGAAGAUACAGUAGUACCUUGAGCACAACAUGAGCCUUCAGCUAUAUGAGCAGCCUCUUCUACUAAGCUGUAAGUCAAUGCACAGACUCUGGAUGUCCAAACUGGUACAUCUUCAUUUAUUACAGCAAACUGAGCAACAAAUGAAGAGAACCUUAACUACAGGUGAAUACACAAAAUCUUUGGUUAAAACGUCAGUUGAGAUGGUCCAGAACAUACAUUGUUAAUGCAGAAAACUAAGAAAUAUGGAACCUCCGGGUUUUGGUUUUCCAUAAUUUGUAAAAACAAAUAAAAAAAAAAAAAAUAAACAUAAAUAGCCAGUGGAAUCGAGGGACACUUGGCUGUCAGUUUAACUUGAGAGGAAAGAAGGAAAGAAAACAGCUGGGUUGUACAUGCUCAUGUAUUAAACGAGAACUAGGCAGUGUGCAUGAUUUUAUGAUAGCACCACAUAAAAGGUGCAGGAAAUAAAUUAACUUUUCUGUGGUGGUUUGUAGAAUACAGUGAGAAGGUGAAUUUCAUGUGUUCCUGUAAUCUCUGCAAUGUCUGUCAUGAGCAUGCAAACACUAUUGUGGUGUACAUUUGUCAUGUAUGAGUUCGCAUGAAACAGGAAUAUGGCUGGCCUCCAUUUAUGCUUAAUGUGUCUGCACUACAUGUACGUCUCCCAAAUAUAUAUAUUUAACCUCUCAUCAUAAA